GUGCCGAAUUAGGCAAUGCCAAGCAACAAUAUUCACACUCUGUCUCCUUCACUGCAGAAAGAGCUGCGGCCUCGUCUGUGCCAGAUGAAGAAGGGCUCCAACGGCUACGGGUUCAACCUCCACAGUGACAAAAACAAGCCUGGUCAGUACAUCCGUGCUGUGGACCCAGGCUCCCCAGCUGAAGCCUCAGGACUUUGCCCCCAAGACCGCAUCAUUGAGGUGAAUGGCGUGUGCAUGGAAGGGAAGCAGCACGCUGACGUGGUGUCGGCAAUCAAAGCUGGUGGAGAAGAGACCAAGCUCUUGGUGGUGGAUCUCUUAACAGACGAGUUCUUCAGGAAAUGCAAAGUCACUCCCUCGGAGGCGCACGUGACAGGUCCCUUGCCAGAACCGGUUGUCAACGGCGAAGUAGAGAAGGAGAACAGCAGAGAGCAGCGGCCAAGCUCUGUGUCUGAAAGUCUGCCUAGCCCUGAGCCAGCUUGUGCAUCUCCCACUUCGAAUGAAACCCACCAUGAGGUGCAGCAGCUUAACUCUGAGGAGAAGGAGGAGCGAAACUCCGCAUCUGAUCUCCCCUUGGACCUCAACAUUCCCCUGGCGGUGGCCAAGGAGCGGGCGCACCAGAAACGUACCAGCAAGAGGGCGCCUCAGAUGGACUGGAGCAAGAAAAAUGAACUGUUCAGCAACCUCUGAAGCCUUCCCUGGAAAGGGAGGCAAAACAGGGGCCAUGCCAGACUCUCCCGGACCUGACCCAAAUCUCCACCAGCAUCCUGCUUUCCCCUCAAUCUCCCGCUUCCCUAGGGAGCAGAGUCCUCCCUGCCCUUCCUCAGUUGGGACACAUGAUUCUCUUUCACUUUACUGUUUUCUGAAGGGAAAAAAAAAGGCUCGGUGGCUGUUGCGUGUUGCGGUGUAGGGUUAAUGUUCAGAGAAUGGCAAGCUGUUUUUAUGCUAUAAAUACAGCAGCGUUCACCCAUGUGGUAAGAACUGAGCUGCUCCGUGGGCCUGAAAUAAACCCUGCACAUUUGUAACGGGCCUCACAGGGGGGGCCUCUGCCUUUCACUCUCCAUCUCACAAGCUUUUCGCUGGAAGCUGUGUAGAAAGCGUAGGCUAAGGUGAUCGGGAGGGAUUCACCAUUUUGGGGCCCCAGCUUGAGACUCCUCAAGGGAGCCUGAUUUGGUGCUCAGAAGCUCCUUCACGACCAGGCCUGGCUUUCUUCAGUAUCUCAAGCUGAGCCCCCAAAAUCAUUAGUUUUAGUUCUGAAUAUUUCAGCCCUAGGCUUUUAGCAUCUUUUUAACAUCUCCGACUCCAGCGUGGCCAAGAACCAAACCACAUUCUUUCUGAGAACCGACCUUUUUGACCUCUGACCUGAGACUUGCAUCCACGGUGGUCCACCUCCCCCUGCCUUUCCCCAAAGUCCUCUGGUUUUGGGGGGGUUGCCCAAGAGGGCAUUGCAGCUGAACUGGCUUAGUCUGCUAAGAGCAACCUCAGUAAAACAACGUGUCCUGAAUACAACUCGGCCGACCCAUGCAAACCGUGAGCCAGCUUCCCCUCCAAAACUUCAGCUCUCCAGGGUAGCCGAGACCUCAGAACAAGAGGGAAAGGGGGAACUUUUUCUUCCCAUGUUACAACCCGCAGGGUUCAUUUCCGCCUGGGGAGGAAGGGUGGGUGGCGUUUGGACCAAUCGUCGCAACUGAUGUUCAGUUACUCCUGAAGAAGGAACUGCUAGAGUGCUUAAUUUAAAGGUUCCUGAAUGGACUGUUUCUUUUAUGACAUGUUUCCAAUCACCUUUUUUUUUUUUUUUUUAAAUGUAUUUUGAGGAAAUUAUUUCUUGCAGAAGUUUUAUUUCCAUGUUUGCGAUCCGGUGUUGUACUUUCAAACUCAAGAAAAAUUCUGUUUACUGGAAUAAACCCUUCCGACUUC